UUUUUAGGUUAUAUUUUUAAAUUUUAAAUACUUUUUUGAAUCUUUUAAAUAUUUUAUAAUUUUAAUUAUAAUUAUAACACAUAUUAUCUCAGAGAAAUGGACGUUGAAGAAAAUAUUGACACGCCUUCAUCUAAAAAGCGGAAAAUCAGUGAUAACAAGAACGAAGAGAGUCCUAAAACUAAAAAGGCGAAAUCCUAUUCUGUUAAAGAGUUUAGAAAGAAACUAAAUUCUGAUAAUAAGUUAAUAGCUUUGCAAGAAUUCCAACAAAAAUUAAACGAUCCUAACCAUGAUUACGUUUUUGAUUACUUGGAGAAUGGUGGUAACGUUUUAGAGCUAUUACAGAUUCUUGAAAAUGACUCUACUAUACCACCUUCAAUAGUUUUUAAGUUGAUAACACUGAUACUUCUGAAAAUUAACGCUAAUUACAGCCAGUUUUAUAAUAGUUCUUACGAAGCAUGCCGAUACCUUAUUAAUAAUUAUAUACCAGUUAUACAUAAAAUGAUUGGUUUAAGUUCCUCAAAAGAGGAACGUAAAACAUGUUUGAAAUUAUUAACUGCCAUGGUAGCCUUUUCUUCAAACUUGGCUAAGGAUAUUUUAGUAAACGUUAAAUUUCAUACUCCUAAUAUAGAACUCCUUACCAAACAUACAGAGGAUAAAGAUAAUGUGCGAGAUAAUUUUAUACAUUUCGUCACAGGCUUCCUGAUAGAUAGUGAUUUUCAUAUUUUACAAAUUUUUCUACAAAGAAGUUCGCUGUUUACUAGUAUCAUAUCAGGAUUACAAUAUGAUCGUGCAGAUACAGUUUGUCUAAUAAUAGCCGCUAUGAAGAACUAUAUUCUGCAAAACAGUGCAGUGAUGAAAACUACAAAGAUGCAUGUUUUUAAUACAGCAAUUGUCAGAGAUAUUGUUAAUUUGUAUAACUGGAAGGGCCCAGGAGGAUUUAAAGCUCUUAAAAAUGACAAAAUUGUUGUUGAGGUGGACAAGGUUGAAAAAUCUAAAGUUAAUGAAUGUGUGCAUGACUUUUUAUUAGUUCUCUGUACAAAUCUGAAGUAUGGAGUCAUAUUUAAAGAUCCCUUGGUGGGACUUGGCCGUAAAAACCAAAAUGGACUCAUGUAUACUGUGGUAAACAGUUUGGACAGACCCUGGGAACAUUCUUAUGCUAGUGAACUUGUGAUAAAAAUUGCCCAAGCUUGCCCAGAUUUAUGUCAAAAUAUUUGGACAAUACUCAAACCCUUUUUGGAACCUAGAUUAACAGAAAAAUGGCUUAAAGCUGUCGAGUUUAUUAAGAGUUUACUGGAUGUUUUGGAUCCAUCCUGUAUAGAGUAUUGUGUAACAGAACUCACUCCACAACAGUUAGCCCAAAUAAUCGAGAUUUUAGUAUCGCCAGCUCCAAUUUUAAAGCUGCUUUUAUCAGGAGAUGCGGUAAACAAAGAUCUCCAAUUGAAGAAACACGUUUAUGACAUAAUGUCAGCUAUGUUAAAACGAAUAGACACAUAUCUGCAAGCAAUGAAAUCAAAGUUUUCUCCUAACGAUUGUAAAAUAACGGCGACUAUUUUAUCAAAUUUUAUUCAAAAACAUUAUCCGUUCUCUGAAAAACUGUUUUCUGAUUGGCGCGAUUUUAAACCGGUUGAUAACGAACAAAAAUUCGAUUUUCUUGAAGUUGUUUUAGAUAUUUUAAAAUCUUACCAAAAUUUAGCUCCACAAAUGCUGUUUAAAUUCACUUCCUUUAAUUUCGCUUUUGACGAUUUUUUUGUGGAAUCUAUCGAAAACGACAGACACGAAAUAUUACAAAUCAAAGCAAUUGAUAUAUUUCUUGACAUAGAUAACUCGUAUUUUUUACCUAAAAGUGAUAUUUUCGAAAACGUUACUUCGUUAUUGCUUAAAAUGUACCACAAACAUAAAUCGGAAGAUAUUCAAAUAGUUUUAUAUAAGAUCUUAAAAAACACGGAUAUUUUUGACGGUUGUUUAUACGAAAUCCAGGUUUGGUGUAAUGGCAUUUUUAAUUUCGACAAUAUAUCUGAAAGUUUUAUUGAAACUUUUGUAAAUACUUUGAAAGAUGUCAGUGCUAAUAUUCUAGUAUAUCAGAAGGAACUAUCUCUUGUCUCUGUACAAGAAAAUACAUCUUUAUUUAAUUUCAAUGAGGAUCUGGAAGAUAUGACGUACCAAAUUAAACACAGCCAUUUUAGUAUUUUAACUGCGGGUUUUUUGAAACAUUUACAGCAAACUAAUCUUUCAAAAACCCUAAAAAAAUAUCUAGAGUUUGUAUUAAUCAAUAUAUUCCAUUCCCAAACUAUUCCUAACAAGUAUUUAUCGGUAGUUCAAAUGUACCACUCCACUGUACCUGAUCAUGUACUAAAAUAUAUUCAAGAUUGGACUGAGGGUAAUUGUGAGCCUUUAAUAAAAACCAAAGGUUCUCUAGGGGUGUUCAAAAAAUUCAGUGAAUCUUUUUUAAGCAGUACGAUAGAAAAUGAAUUCUUUGAUAACUCGGAAUAUCCAGGUUUUUAUGUCGAUCUUCUCAAAGCAGCCACGUUUUACUUCACAAACUUAACAUCUUUCAGCGUGGUUACAGAAAAUCAUUCAAAAAACUGGAUUUUUUGCAUUGAACAAGUACACAACUCUAAUUUCUUUAAUGCAUCGUGUUUUGAGGUUGUUUUAGGCAAUCCAAAUUUAGCAAUUCAUUUUAAUAUUAAAUCCGCAACAAAAGAUACAGCUACUGGAAUCUGUACCAGGGCUAUUCAUAAAGUAGUUCAAACUUUUCGUGAUUUGUCAUUGGAUGUUGAGGAAUAUGUCGGUGUAUAUUCACAAAGUAUUUUUAAUUCUAUUAUCAAGGGGUUAAAAAAACCUAAAAAAUUCCGUUUGAGUGAAAAUGUUGGAGAAUAUUUGAAGGUGUUUCCUUUAAGUUAUGAGUAUUGUAUAUCAUUGUUGGAGCGUACAUUAGAUGUGCUAGAAAACUGCGAUAUUUCUGUCUCUGAAAUUUUGUCUUAUGCCUUAAGCAGAACUGCAGAAUUGUCUCGAAGUAAUGAGUUAUUGAAACCACUAGAUCAAACUACAAUUUUGAAUAUUUCCAAAUAUAUCAUAGAGUUAAUCAAAUUAGGCCAUAACUGUUUUAACUUGUCAAAGGCUUUAAAAUGUUAUUUAGAAGUAUUUCCUUACUCUAUUGAUCAUAUUGAUCAAACCUUAUUUCCUGCUCUUCUAGAAAUAAAGGAAUAUAAUAAAGAAAACACAGACUUGAUAGUUUUUCUACUUGAAAGGAACUUAACAUUAUCCAAGCAUAUAGAAACAAACAUUGUAGCUGUAGCUGAGAAAAAAGGUUUAAUUUUACCUCUAACUCAUGUUUUAGUUAACAGUAAAAAUAACGAAGGUAUCUUGAAAAUAAUUUACGAAAAUCUCGAAGGAUCUUUACUUAAAGCCCUGCAAAAACCCCAAAAAGUUGGUCAGCACUUUUUGAAAGAUUACAAUAUUGCUGUUUUAAUUGAAUCAUUCAUGCCUGUAGAAAAAUGUAGUCAGUUUACUGAUAAAGUUCAUAGAUUCGAGGUGACUGAGGUAUUUCAUUUGAAAUUUUUAGAAGCAGUUUUUAGUAAGGUUCUUAAUACAAAGGAACUUAAUGAAAAACAGGCAGGGAAUGUGAUACUGACUUUUAUUCAUUUGAUUAUGUUUUUGUUCAAGAAAAAAUCGUCAUCAGAAGAUAGUACAGUCAAAAUAUCAGAGUCUGUGAACAUUUUUAAUCGGGUCUUAGAAAAGCUUUCUAAACAUUCGUAUAAUAAUCUGAAAUCUGUAUCUUCACACGAAUCAUUCAAGACUUUUUGUAAAUACGCUUUAAAAUUCGGAGUUUCCGGCCAACAUAUUUUAUUGGCCACCUUAUGUAUGUCCCUAAAUAUUUUGAAAACUUCCAUUGAAAAAGAAGAAGUUGCUGAGCUACUGGAAAUGUUACUCUCGCAUUCGGAGUUUUUGAACGUUGUGCUCUCUGAACAUACUGACUCGAAGUUGGAAAUUUUGAAGUUGUUGCUUAUUAUUUCCGAAAAUUGGCAGGAAUUGAUAGAGAAGAGUCACGUGGCAAUUGUUCUUUCAGCGUACAGAGGAUUGGUGACAAGAUGUGACAGAGUCAUUUUGAAAUUGUUAAAAUUGUACGAAUCAAAGCCUGAUCAGAGUCAUUUUUAUGACUUUAAACCAUUCCUGUGGGGCAGAUCAGCUGCAACUCAUUAUUCUGUUCGAACUAGUAUCGAAAGCUCUCUGACAAGACAACCUAAAAUCAAUAAUGUCUUAAGUGUUUUGAAAGAAGAACUAGUGAACAAUACUAUAACCAAUUAUUCUUUAAACGACAAUCUACACGACGAUGACACUGAAGUAACAGACUCUCGAUGCUACGACCUCAAAUUCAUUUUACCACUGUUUAGCCAUAUUCUAGCGCCAGAGCAACAAGUUAAGACUUACGUCUUCACCAGGAGUGGCGCCCUAAGUUUGACAGUUGUAGGACUUAGUAGCCGUGAUAAGCAGGUACGUCAAGCGGCAUGUCAUGUGUUGUCAAGGUUUUAUUUCCAUCUGGAAGCCAGACAAACUGGAAAGGAUAAUCCGUUGUGGAUUAGAUUUGUCGAGGCACUCUGUAAAGGUACGGCAGUGUUGCCAGACUUCAAACUGAACAACUUCUCUGCCAUAUUCUUCGCCCGCAUGUCUUUGAUCCUGACCAACCCAACUCAUCCAAUGUACUCUCCAUUGUGCUCUUAUUUGUCAGCCAAGCAAGUUCUUGACUUGAGCACUGUACCAGAAAUCUACACUCUACUCUUCAGUUCCGAUGUAAACUUCAAAGAACAUCGUAGUUUUAUUUUAGAAGUACUAAGAGACGGAUUGAGAACAGAAAGAGACUUUUUAGAUCUUUUGAAGUCUAUGGGUCUAAAAAUGUUGUUGGAGUUGUCUUCUAGUUGUCUGGCAGAUACUCAGUGUAAACUGCUGAUAUCGGAGGUGUUAUAUUCAGCUUGUAAGGUACCUUUAGCUGUCAAAAUGCUCUGCGAGAAUUAUUCUUUGUUGGUUCAACUUUACAACGUUGUUUGGAGUGUCCUAUCUGACAAAAAAGGAACCAAUAUGAUAUCCAAGGUGCUGAAAAUAUUUCUGGAAAUUGUUAAAGUCAGACAAGAUGAGUAUACAAACUCGCAAGUUUCUAACUUGUUUUUGAACAUAGCAGGAAGUGACAUGUUUGCAAGUUUUAAAGACGAAGAUUUGACGUAUUUUUAUGAAGUGUUUUACAGGACGUUCUUGAAUGUUCCUGGAUUAAUUAGGGAUAAGGAUAAAGUUUUAGAUAUUGUUUUAGAAAAAUCGGAUGAUAAAUUUUCGAAAUAUUUACGAAAGUAUGGAUGCAAUUACGUGCAAGAUAUUUCGCCUGAACUACAGGUGCAAGAUAAAUAUUUUUACCUAAGAUUGUUGGUGUUUAAUAUGAUGAAAUAAAUCUUUUUUUUAACUGA